AGUGGUUAUAUGUGACGAUCAUCAAACAAAAUAUUUAUUUACUGGAAUGGGUUUGUCUGUUGUUUACAAAUUCAUUUGUAUGUUAUUGUUUUACGUGCUAUUUUUAAGAAGUUUCUUCCCGAUACGAAAUGGUUUGUCAGGAUUUUCUGAACAUUCCGAUUUCUCACUCGAAUUUUUCAACAAAAAUGCUACCCAUCGUCCUGAUCUUUUGUCAGCUUUAAACCCUCCAAUAUUUAAGAAAAUGGUUUUUGUCUUGAUCGAUGCUUUGAGGGCAGAUUUUGUGUUCAGCGAAAAAUCGCCUAUGACGAGUUUACAAAAUUUAUUGACAAAUGGAAAGGCUUUGAGGUACAUUGCAAGGGUCCACCCUCCAACGGUCACUUUACCCAGGAUCAAGGCAUUGAUGACUGGCAGUAUUCCUGGGUUUGUUGAUGUGGUGUUGAAUUUUGGAUCCACUGAACUGCUUGAGGACAACAUUAUAGAGCAGAUGAGGAGAGCGAAGAAGAGGGUUAAGUUUUACGGUGAUGAAGUAUGGAUCAAAUUAUUUCCUCACCACUUUGUUGAGUCUGAUGGAACCACAUCCUUCUUUGUCACUGAUUAUACCGAGGUUGACAACAAUGUCACUAGACAUGUAUUACCAACCCUCAGAACUGGACAAUAUGAUGUCAUGAUUCUUCACUACACUGGGCUUGACCACAUUGGUCACAUGGCAGGCCCUACCAGUCCACUGAUACCUCCCAAACUUGCGGAGAUGGACGCCAUCAUUAAAGACAUCUAUGAACAUGUGGAGCAGGACAAAGAAGCAGAGACCCUUGUAGUUGUAAGUGGGGACCACGGAAUGAGUGACCAGGGAGGCCAUGGAGGGACUACACAAAGCGAGACCAAAGUGCCUCUUCUACUCCUCAGCCCCAAGUUUACACCACACAAAGGUGAUGUGAUAAGAGAAGUUGAUCAAAUUGAUGUGGCUCCGACUCUGUCUAUGCUACUUAGUCUUCCAAUACCAAAGAAUAAUCUGGGUGUGGUUAUUGAUGAUGCUCUAGUGGGGUGCUCUACAGAGGAAAAGAUGAUGAUGCUGUGGAGGAAUGGUUUACAGGUUACUAGAGUGUUAGAGUACAACAGCAAGGACUGGAAAAUGGAUGAAGGCUAUCUGGAGUUUCAAAGACUGUCCAAGGUUCAUCAUGAUUGGUUGUUGUCAAAGACAAGUGGAGUACCACAAUCUAUUUGGCUGUCUGAGGGAGACAGGAUUGGGAGACAGUACACACAGGCGAUGAAAACCAUGACAAGGAAUAUCUCUUCAUCCCUCACCCAGUAUGACAUUUACAGCCUUGUAAUCUCCGUGGUAACACUGUGGCUGAUUCUGGUCACGAUUGCUGUAGAGCUCUGCCUGUCCUCAGCCUCCUAUGGUGAAAUCUAUUCAAGGACUGUUGUCUUAUACAUCCCCGUUACCUUGAUGAUAUUUUUUGGACACAUGAUGGUGUGUACCACCUCUCCGUCAAGUCAGCUGUGUCAUACUGAUGGUACUGGUGUACUGCUACAGGUCUUUAUUCUGGCUGUUGUGUGUUGGUCAGUAAAAGAUUUGGUUGUCAAAUUCCUACAGUUUUGGUCUGUCAGAAAAUCAAAGGAAGGGUCAUGUGAUCCCUGGGGUGUGUUCAGUCCUCUGGGAGUUGUCCUGACCCUAGGGACAAUAAUCCACACCUUGAGUCUGCUGUCCAGUAGCUACGUAGAGGAAGAACAUCAGACAUGGUAUUUUUACACUGUAACAAUUCAUCUGCUAAUCCUGGUUUUAAUUCUUUGCUCACACACAUCCCAGGGUUACUUCAGACAGGUAUGCAAAUCUGCAUGUAACCCUAAACAGACCUACAACACAUACGGCACGGAUUACAGAGAAUCAGGACAGAUUGAAAAACAAAUGGAGCUUGAAAAGGAAGAAAAACAUUCCAACCAGGUGACGGGUUUCCCUGGUCAUCCACUGAUGGCCACUAUAUUUGUUUUAUUCCUAUGUAGGGUGUUGAGGACAUGGAAUCAGACAGGAAAUAAAUGGCUGGAUAGACCAGAUGUUGGAGACUGGCUUCUCAGACCAGAGAACAAGAGCAUCCUGUCUGUGCUGGUGGGUGGUUCCUUGACUUUGGUUGCCAUGGUGAAGUGGGCAGGGCAGACAUAUAUACAGAGGAGUGUGUUUGUGGUAGGGUUGUGCUGUAUUUACUGGUACAGAGUUAGUACAGCAGCAAUCGAUAACCCUUUCCAGCUACUCCCGACUUACAACGAGACAAGGGUGGCCCAGCUAGGUUUUCUCUUCACAGGGAUGUGUAUAGUACACCCUUGUGUCUUACUUCUACGAGGUUCACAAGAUGAAGGAAAACCAAACACUGACGUAGCUGUUUCUUUCGGAGGAUCAUUCCAGUCUGCUUGUAUCCUAGUCGUACUGUUACUCGGUAAACCCCACAAUGUGGUAACGUUUGUAAUGGUGGUUAUUCAGGAACACUUAAUACAACGUAUGCUACUGCAUCACAUUGCAUUGUCAACAACAGAUGUCACACUGUAUUACUUUUGGAUGGGCAUGGCAGCUUUCUUCUACCAGGAAUGCCUGAAUCCUGCCUCAAUUUGGUGUAAAGCAUCUUUUGGUGAAGGAAAACCAAAGCUGUAUAAAAAGAUGGGUUUCAGCCCUUUUGGGAUGGGAGUGGCAGGGCAUCAUAGGGCAGAUUCUUUAGAAUCCUUCUUCUUAAGGCAGACCUUGAUUUUGUCUCAAUUUCAUCUGAAGCAUGCUAAGGUCAAGAAUUUCAGUACAUGCUAUAUUUUGUCUGUCAUUAUAGCUUGUCUCAUGACUUUGUCCACCUACGGAGGUCCAUUGUUCUGGCUGGUCAGUCUGGUUAAAUGUCUGACGACCUCAGUGGAGAGCCACACUAUACAUUCCAGGUUGAAGACAACAGUCGAAGGGAUGUGUAGAACUCUGUGCUGGACUCGCGCUCUGCCCUUAGCUGUAUACUCAACACUUGUGACACUACAGCGACACCAUCUGUUUGUGUGGACAGUAUUCUCACCAAAACUCUUGUAUGAGGGAGUCCUCACACUCUUAAUAGCUGUACUUUCUAUAGUGUGUUUAUGUUUAGUAAAAUUUGAAAGUUAAAACCUGACAA